AUGGAGUCCAUCAAAGCCAUGAUCUGGGGCCCUGAUCCCGCCGUCCAACUCCGCAAAUGCAACCAGCUCAUCCGUAAGAACACGCGCGAGCUCGACCGCCACAUCCAACAACUGCGCGGCCUCGAGUCCAAAACCAAAUCCCUAAUCCUCACCACAUCCAAAUCGCGCUCUGCCAACAGCGCUGCCCAAACACGUAUCAUCGCGCGCGAGCUCGUUCGCAUCCGGCGGCAAUCCUCCCGUCUCAUUACUAGCAAGGCCCAGCUCCAGAGCGUCGGGAUGCAGGUCAACGAGGCAUUUUCUGUCCGAAAGAUCGAGGGCUCUAUCCGUACGAGCACGGGUGUUAUGCGCGAUGUCAACAGCCUCGUCCGCCUACCCGAGCUCACCGGCACAAUGAGAGAGCUCAGUAUGGAGCUGGUGAAGGCUGGGAUUAUCGAGGAGAUGGUGGCAGACUCAUUGCCAGAUGAUGUGGAGAUGGAGGAUGACGAGGUAGAGGAGGAGGUUGAGAAGGCUCUGAGGGAGGUCAUGGGCGGUACGGUUGUGGCGGCGCCCGCGGCACCGGUAUCACCCGAGAAGGGUAUCGAGGAGGAGGAGGAUCAAGAUACGCUAGACGACAUGAGGGAAAGGUUGGAGAUGUUGAAGAGUUAG